AGUGGGGGGGGGGGGUAGGGGGAAGCCCACGAACGAAACCAGAAGUGGGAUUUCCUGCAAUGCGCAUGGCAUCAGAGAAGGGAGUGCCACUAUUGUCGCUCACGGCCGCACAAAUCCGCAGCGGCGAUCAGCACGGUUGGGGGCUACUUUGUGCGCGGUGCGAGAGAAGUUCGAUAGCAGACGUACUCGCGUCCGGGCCUCGACCAGGGGGCACGCUGUUCUUCGCACAGAAACCUGCCAAGCAAAUCGGUAAACUACACUCUGUAAGCAUGGCUUGCAACAUGGACAACGAUGAAGACAACAUUGAAGCCACAGGCUCUAGCCAGGAAGACCGCGGUGAAGAGGAGGAUGCUCUUGAUGGACAUCUCAAGAAGGACAUUAAGACAAUGAUCAAAAAAAUAUCCCGCGUGGUGAUCAAGGGUGCUUGCAUGGGAGACGCAAGCAUGAAGCCCGACGGACACUUGGAGGAGAUGGAUUCGCAGAUACACUCGUACAGCAUGCAUUACAAGUCCAUCGGCAAUUGCAUCAUCAUCAACAAUGAGAACUUUUUUCCCAGAGCUGGGAUGGCGAAACGGAACGGUACGCAGAUGGACGUGAGUCGGCUCUCCGAAUGCUUCGACAGUUUGGGCUUCGAUGUGAAAUACAGAAAAGACCUUACGUGUGAAGAGAUGAGAACUUUUUUGAAAGAAGUAUCGCAGGAGAAUCUCAAGAAUUGCGCCUGCCUCGUGUGCGUGGUGCUGAGCCAUGGCGAGGACGGCGUGGUGUACGGCACGGACGGCCCGCUGCCCCUCUCCGACAUCGUCAAGCCCUUCGCCGACAGCAGCUGCCCCUCGCUGGUUGGAAAGCCUCGACUCGUCUUCAUACAGGCUUGCCGUGGAACCUUGCUGGACAAAGGUGUGGACAAGGUUGAAUGCGAUGGAGACCCGGAUGUGAAGGAAGCCUCUCUGCUGCCCACUGUCGAUCUCAUGCAGCCAGACUUCCUGUUCGCAUUCGCCACCGUGUCAGGGUACUUCUCCUGGCGUAACCCGGCGAACGGUUCAUGCUUCAUCCAGCUGCUGUGCUCCGAGCUGCAGGAGCAUGGCCAGCGGAUGGAGCUCACCAAGAUACUCACGCGAGUCAACCGGCGGGUCGCCACGGAGUUCACGUCGAACACCACCGACGCUGACCUCAACAACAGCAAGCAGAUACCGUGCACGGUGUCCAUGCUCACCAAGGAGUUGUACCUGCUGAAGCGAGCGUAGGUGCACGCGUUUCAAUCAGUUAUUCUUUUCCCCCCUGCAAUCAUGCCAAUAUUGAAAUAUUGCUCUGUUGACAUCGCUAUCUCAAAUCCUGGCUUCCGAGUUGUAGAAUGGCGUGCUGCCCAUUAAACAUUCAUUCCUCUCCAAGCGCUGGCCUCAAUAUUCGAAAGUGGAGUUGACUUUCACCAGCACACACCGCACCACUACCUUGGCGUGUCGCCGGGGUCACUGGGCUCUCACCUUGUAAGAGUGCGCGGGGCUGGUAUGCACCACCAGAGGGCGCUGUGUGGCUCUGAUGCGGGCUAUUCUCAGUACGAUUAGUGUCAAGGACAGCCAGUCUUACGCAGCGAAGGUAUGCGUCGACGUGAAGCCAGCUGUUUGCGCAUUUGGUUGCACGUUUCUUUGCCAUCGAAAUAUUUUUUUUGUGCAGCUGAUUCGAAGAUGGCGGAGCCUCACAACGGCUUUAAUUCUCGACUCCCUGUGUUGGGAAGCUUCACAGUAAAUACACUCGCCUCUUUAAUAUCUGCACAAAGCUAUCCCGGCUAAGACGGCGUUUUUGUUUUCAAGUGCGGCCGCUCCUUUACAGCUCGCCACGCUUUUACGAACAAGUCACCCGCAAAGUGUCGUUGCUGAAGAAAUUAAAUACACAAGUAAAUAAAUGAACGCCGUGCACUGCUUGCGCGGAACGUGAUUUUAAAAGUCAUAUUCAAGCAAAUACCGCAGGACUUGGACAUUUGAAGUCUCCUCGACAAACAUGACAAAUGUCUACAUCAUUAGACCUCCUUUGCCAGUACCAAAAUAUAAUAGGGUUAUUCCCCUUUUUUCUGGCAACAAAACUGAAAUCUUUUUACGAGGAU